AUGGCCGGGCCCCCCACCCAUGCUGCCCCUGUGCUGCUCCUGGCCCUCCUGCUGCUCCUGGAGCUGAACCCCACAGGCUCCCUGGCACCUGGAACUCCCGCCCGGAACCUCCCUGAGAAUCACAUCGACCUCCCACGUCCAGCACUCUGGACACCUCAGGCCGGCCACCACCGCCGGCGGGGCCUGGGCAAGAAGGUGCGGGGCCCAGGCAUGCCCGGCCGGGCCCAGGAUGGUGCUGUGGUCACCACUACCAGGCAGGCCUCCAGGCUGCCUGGGGUAGGGGGCCUGCUGCCUGGGCAGAGUCCUGCAGGCCUGCUUCGGGACAAGGACCUGUUCCUGGGGCUGGCCCCGCCCUACCCAGAAAAGGAGAACCGGUCCCCAGGGUUGGAGAGGGCGAAGAAACACGACAGGGAGCACAAAAGACGCAGGGACAGGUUGAAGCUACACCGAGGUAGAGCCUUGGUCCGAGGUCCUAGCUCCCUGAUGAAGAAGGCAGAAUUCUCUGAAGACCAGGCACAGGAUGCCACGAUGGAGGAGUCUUCCACCAGCCUGGCCCCCACCCUGCUGUUCCUAACCACCUUGGAGGCAGCACCUGCCACGGAAGAGUCCUUGAUCCUGCCUGUCACAUCUCUGCAGCCCCAGCAAGUACAGCCCAGGCCUGACGGGGAGGUGAUGCCCACACUGGAUAUGGCCUUGUUCGACUGGACUGAUUAUGAAGACCUAAAACCCGAGGUCUGGCCCUCUGCAAAGAAGAAAGAGAAACACUGGAGUAAACUCUCCAGUGGUGGCAAUGAAACGUCACCAGCUGAAGGGGAGCCGUGCGACCAUCACCAAGAUUGCCUGCCAGGCAGCUGCUGUGACCUGCGGGAGCAUCUCUGCACUCCCCACAAUCGAGGCCUCAACAACAAAUGCUUCGAUGACUGCAUGUGUGUGGAAGGGCUACGCUGCUACGCCAAAUUCCACCGGAACCGCAGGGUCACGCGCAGGAAGGGGCGCUGCGUGGAGCCCGAGACGGCCAACGGAGACCAGGGAUCCUUCAUCAACGUCUAGCGGCCCGUGGGAAGCGCCUUCCCAGCGGCCUGGAGACUGAGCCCAGGAGGUUUGGAAGAACUGGGCAAUUUGUUUAUAACUAGAAAUGGGAGAUCGAAUGGGGGACCAGGUGACUGAGGCUGCAGGCUCAGGUCAGGACACUGGACCCCGGAAGAGGAGCGCUCGUGGAGAGGACUCUGGGCGAAAAAGCGGCCCCUGCCCAGAAUCCCAACAGCAGUACACUUGCACCCACCACCCGGCACCCCUGGGACGCACCAGAGCCUGCGCAUCCCUUGUGUUUGGGUGCUCCGCGAUGGCAGUGUCGAGAGUGCCCUCUACUGUCUGACCGCAGCACUGCAACACCAUCAAGAGGAGAUUUCAGAGAAUGGAGAAGAAAUUUCAACUUUCUAAGAGAAAGGUCUAGCCUAGGGUCCCUUGGCAGGGAACUCAAGGGCGAAGGAUGAAUACUGGAACACCUCCUAUGUACCAGGCACAAUGCUAACCUAAGUGCGUGGCAUACAUCAUCGCAUUCAGUUACCACGAUGACCUUUUGAAGUAGGUAUUAUCACCAUUUUACAGGUGAGGAACUUUGAGGCACAGUGAGUUAUAUGACUUGUUCAGGGCACCAGAUCAGUGCUCCUCAAACCUUAACAUGCCUAGCAACCACCUGAGGAUCUGGUUGAAGUGCAGAUUCCGAUUCAGUCAAUUCUGCAUUUCUGAAAAGCUCCCAGGGGUUGCUCAUACUGCUGGUCCAGGGUGGUAGCCAGGUCCUAGAUACUAAAUGGUGGAACUGGGCUCCGAACCCGGGCCCAGGCUGUCUCGUGCUCCAAAGCCCACCCUCUUGCCCCUCCACACUAAGGACUUAUUCUAGGUUUUCAGGGAGAGAGACGUGUUCCCUGGUAGUCUUUUUGAUG